GCGAGUCCAUCUUUCCCUCCCUCCUUCAUACCUCUCGGCGCAAACGACAAUCAUGCCGCCCAAAUUCGUGCCCCGCGAUCGCAAAAAGGGCAGAAUCGCAAAAGCAAAAGCAAAGAACUCGCACUCCCACGAUGAAGUCGCCGACGCGAACGCCGCCGAAAUCCUCCCUCCUACUCCCUCGGAAAAAGAAGCACGCAAAGCACAAUUACAAGCGGAGAUCCGCGCGCAAAACAGCACUUCUGUAAUCAGCGGCAAGAAAAAGAAGAGAUUGGACAAGUACAUCGACAACAAGCUCAAGAAAGAGGAGAACUUGGCCUUGAUCAAGAAACUCGCGGCGCAAAAGGUCGAUACGAGUUUGUUGCUCAGUUCGAAGAAACUUGGAAGAGGUGGAGAAUCUGCGAGGGAGAGACUGGAGAGGGCUUUGGCCGAGAAAGAGCAGGGUAUUAAUGUUGCGGCGAAUGAUGCCAUUUUGUUCGAGAAGAGGAAGAGACCGGCGCUUGAGCUUGAAAGCGAGUCUGAAGAUGACCAGAUUUCAACACCGCAAACAAAGGCAUCGAAGUCUGCUGCUGCGAAGGCGUCGACCUCCGCUUCCGCUCCUGCACCCGCGCCGGCAGCAGGUAAGGGUGGACUGUUUGCUGCUGGACAGGGCUUGUUCGGCAGUGGUUUGAAGAGGCCGCUCGAGACAGACGAGGAGGGAAAGCCAGUCAUCAAGAGCAGGAAACGUACAAAGGUUAUCAACAAGUCUGCUCCGGUAGUCGCCCAAGAGCCCGAGUGGACUGGCUUCUCCGGGGACGAGGACGAAGAGGAUGAUGAUGAUGAAGAGGACAAUGAAGAGAGCUCAGAGGAGGACAUCGAGGACGGCGAGGAAGAUUCAGACGAGGAAGAUGAGGAAGACGACGACGAGGAUGAAGAGGAAUCAGACGAAGAUUCAGAAGAAGAGUCGGAUUCGGAUGAAGACAUGGAAGAUGCAGAGGCCGUGAAGGAAGCCAAAAAGGCUCGCUCAUCCGCCUUCAAGAUGUGGGCGACCGAGCAACGGAACAAUGCGAUAGGUUUCGUCCCGUCGAGCAACCUCGAAGCCGUAAAUUCGACGGACGUCAAACAACCCACAAAUUUCGUCCCCCGCGCUCCUUCACCAGAAAAUCUCCCUCCCGAACUCGCCAUUUCCGCCACUACCGCCUCGGACAAUCGUCCAGCAGUCAGUCUCGUCAUCCCUCGUACACCUGAGAUCCAAGAAGCAAGAUUGAAGCUGCCAGUCGUGCAAGAAGAGCAGAAGAUCAUGGAAGCCGUCCACAAUAACAACGUUCUCGUCGUCUGGGGUGCCACUGGUUCCGGUAAAACAACUCAAGUACCCCAGAUGAUGUUUGAAAGUGGUUACGGCAGCAAGAUUGGUCAAGCGGAAGGGGAAGGCAAGGCCAAGGGCAUGAUUGGUGUCACCCAACCUCGUCGUGUUGCUGCUGUCAGUGUGUCUGAGCGUGUAGGCACUGAAUUGUGCGGCAUGAAGGAUCGCGUUGGCUACCAGAUUCGUUUCGAUACGACCGUCUCGAAAGACACUGCUAUCAAGUUUAUGACUGAUGGUAUUCUUCUGAGAGAGAUUGCCAACGAUUUCAUCUUGUCCAGGUACUCUGCAAUUGUCAUCGAUGAAGCUCACGAACGCUCAGUCAACACUGAUAUUCUGAUCGGUAUGAUGAGCAGAAUUGUCGAUCUUCGUGCUCAGAUGGCAAAGGAGGAGCCUGAAAAGUACUAUCCUCUGAAGCUCGUGAUUAUGAGUGCCACUCUCCGCAUCACCGAUUUCACAGAGAACACUCGCCUGUUCAGAAAUGGUCCUCCUCCGAUCGUGAAGGCAGAGGGAAGACAAUACCCUGUUACUGAUCACUUUUCCCGCAAGACGACACACGACUACGUUGAAGACAUGUUCGGCAAGAUCACCAGAGGUCACAAGAAGCUUCCUCCUGGUGGCAUGCUCUGUUUCCUUACUGGUCAACAAGAGAUUAUCCAGCUCGCCAAGAAGUUGCGUACAGCUUUCCCUGCCGAUACUGGUAGCCAAGCCAAGCAACCUAGGGUGCAUGUCUCUGCUGCGGAUGCGCCUCUGGAGAUUGAUGACAUGGAUGCAGACGCUCAACCUGCAUCUAGAAGGGACGAGGAUGAUGAUUCAGAUGACUCAGACAUUGAGAUCAGAGGCCUAGAUGAAGAAGAAGACGACAAGGAGUUCGAAAUCGAGGGCGAGGAGCAACCUGUUGAAUCUCUCAGAGUCCAUGUCCUGCCUCUUUACUCGCAACUGCCUACCAAGCAACAACUGAAGGUCUUCGAACAACCACCGGAAGGUUCGAGACUGAUUGUUCUCGCCACCAACGUUGCCGAAACGUCUCUCACAAUUCCCGGCGUUCGCUACGUGUUCGAUUGUGGUCGCUCAAAGGAGAAGAAAUACGAGGCUUCAACUGGUGUCCAGACAUUCGAGAUUGACUUCAUCAGCAAAGCUAGUGCAGCACAAAGAGCCGGUCGUGCUGGUCGUACUGGCCCAGGUCACUGCUACCGCCUCUACUCAUCUGCUGUCUACGAGCGCGAUUUCGAAGAGUAUGCCAUACCUGAGAUCCUGCGCUCGCCUAUCGAAGGUGUCGUGCUAUCCCUCAAGAGCAUGGACAUCCAAACGAUAGUCAACUUCCCCUUCCCUACACCGCCCGACCGAAAAGCAUUGGCAAAGGCCGAGAAACUCCUCACCUUCCUCGGCGCCAUCGAUGCGCAUGGUAAAAUCACAGAGACAGGAAAGGAGUUGUCUGCAUACCCGCUCUCACCGAGAUACGCAAGGAUGUUGCUACUGGGUAGACGUUACAAUCUAUCUGCUCACACAAUAGCUCUGGUAGCGGCCCUAGCAGUUCCUGAACUCUUCAUUCCCCAAACACAAUACAACCUCGAAAACGCACCCGAUGAAGCAGAGUCAGAUGACGAGAACGACACCGCCAGAGAACGUUUUGCAAAACGCCAGAUUCGCUCAGAAGCCGACAACAUUGCCGCCUCGGCAGCAGAAGUCAAGCGAAGAGCAUAUGGCAAAGCACACGCUACACUAUCACGUUGGGACGAUCGCAGUGAUGCAUUGAAGUUGCUGACAGCAAUGGCCGCCUACUCUGCUUCCUCGUCACCGGCAUCUUUCUGUUCCGACUACUUCCUCCGUGAAAAGGCCAUGAAAGAAGCCGGGCAGUUGAAGCAACAACUCACAGCCAUCGUCCGCAGUCACUCCCGCACAGGCACCGAAGACCCAACACUCAAUCAAAAGACCCUCCCACCACCCACAGACAAGCAAAGAGCCAUCCUCAAACAAUUCGUCGCAGCCGGUUUCAUCGACCAAGUCGCCGUCCGCGCCGACAUAAUCGGUAUCGCCCUCUCCCGCAACCCGCGCCGCGCAAUCGAAGUACCGUAUCGAACCCUCUUCGCCUCCAGCACAGGCGACGUCGCAGGCACAGACCCAGAAGCCAGAGCUGCGGCAAAAUUAUCCUAUGUUCACCCGUCCUCUGUGUUGGCCAGGUUGACCGUACCGGAGAUGCCGGAUUAUAUCAUCUACUCCCAUCUCUCGCGUCAAGCGCCGUCGCCGCCAUUCACCGAUCUCCCCAAAACAAGACUUCACCCCUUGACCACCGUUACCGCCAAGCAACUCGCCAAUCUUGCCGAGGGCACGCCAUUACUAGAGGUCGGCAAACCUGUGGGCAAAAUUGAACAAUUGCCUAGAGGUGCAGACGGUAGAGAGAGAAGGGAAGUCUGGGUCGGACUCAGUCUGAGAGGUGAAAAGGAAGGAACGCCUUGGCCUGUCGGUGCUAGAAAGGUCGUGCAGAAGAGAGUGGGAGGUGCUUGGGAGAUUGAGAAGGUGGUUGGUUAGUCGCCCGCAAUGCAUGUAUAUAGAUGAAGCGUAUUUUGAAGCGUAGAUUUGAGCUCUCGAUGUAAAAAUUGAGGAAUUAUGAAUAGCAUUGUGCGGUU